UGUGAAAAUCUGCACCAGUUGCAUCCUACCUGCUUCAUCAAGGUGUUUUGACCAUUCAUACCAGGAAACCAGUUCCCUUUCUCCGGCCGUCGAGUCAACACUUCGUCAGUUUGAAGAAACCAUCAACAUGAAGAGCUCUAUCUUUGCCGGUGUUCUGCUGGUCUCGGCUUCCCUGGUCUCCGUGGAGGGACAGAGUUGGGUUGAGUUUCAACAGAAGCACAUCAACGCUGGGAUGACUCCUGACAAAUGUACCAAGGUGAUAACGGACAGAAAAAUCGUGACCCCACCAAACCGCUGCAAGGUUUUCAACACCUUCAUCACACAGAAUGUGAACGCUGUCCCAGCCGUCUGUGCUGGGGGGGGAACGCUAUAUGGCAAUGGUUAUACUAUUAGCAAUGCUACUUUUAACAUCAUCGACUGUACCCAGCAGAACCAGAACCAGGUUCCACCGGUCGUUCCCCCCAAAUGUCUGUACAAUGGUACAGCUAGUACCAAGAGGAUUAUAGUCAGGUGUGAGAAAAAGAAACCUGUUCACUUUCAUGGAACAAAGUAAUCUAUUACUACCUGAUGAGCCAGAGUAAUCUAUUACUACCUGAUGUACCAGAGUAAUCUAUUACUACCUGAUGUACCAGAGUAAUCUAUUACUACCUGAUGUACCAGAGUAAUCUAUUACUACCUGAUGAGCCAGAGUAAUCUAUUACUACCUGAUGUACCAGAGUAAUCUAUUACUACCUGAUGUCCCAGAGUAAUCUAUUACUACCUGAUGUAC